AUGGAUGAUGUCGUGAAGGAGUUAGAUCACGGCUCUUCUAUUAAUCCUCAAUUCGACUAUUACGCCUAUCCGAAAUAUGAAUUUGAUUAUGGUGUAAAAGAUUUGAAGACGGGCGAUAUCAAAAAUCAAUGGGAAACACGCAAUGGUGAUGUAGUUAAAGGUAGUUAUUCUCUAAAAGAAUCUGAUGGCACUACACGUGUAGUAGAGUACACGGCUGAUGAUCAUAAUGGUUUCAAUGCUGUGGUGAAAAAAGUUGGCGUUGCUUCUCAUCCCAUAGUCUACGCGAAGACUUUCGUUUAUGGUCACGAUUUGGAUAAUCUUGCUCACUCUGAUAAUAUUAUUAAAGUUAAACAUUUGUAA